AUGAGGCACUGUAAUAUCAAAGGCUAUGAUAUAUUGCCAAAUACCCUUGUAUACGUUAACGCUUGGGGAAUUGGAAGAGACCCUAAGACAUGGAAUAGAGCAGAAGAGUUCAUACCCGAAAGAUUUAUAGAUAGCUCUAUCGAUUUCAAAGGCCGUGAUUUUGAGUUUAUCCCUUUCGGUUCAGGACGAAGAAUUUGCCCUGCGAUGAACACAGGAGUGAUCAUCGUCGAGCUUGCGCUUGCUAACAUGAUGUAUGUAUUUGACUGGGAAUUGCCCGGUGGAAUGAGGAGAGAGGAUAUUGAUAUGGACGAUGCACAGGGAAUUAAUGUGCAUAAGAAAUGUCCUCUCUAUCUUGUGGCAACAAAUCAUGGUUGA